CUUGUGUUGAUUUUUUUUUUUAUUGAAAGCCAUUUAAUUGUGUGGACUUGAGGCGAAUUCAUCAAAUUCCGCUUCCAGUCAACGUUGGCGGCGGUGUUUACUGAUGAGUGCUGCUAACCGCGUUAGAGCUCAGACAAACCGCAGGAACGACCCUCCGGGGAACAGGACCAGCCAGCAUGGACACCCGAGAGCCAGUAAAGUUUUGGCGGAAAGAAACCAGGCGGUGGCGGCGGUGGGAGCCUGGGUGGAGAGCGGACAGGAUUUCCCGGAGCACCCGGCUGCCCUCGCUUUGCUGACUGAGGAGCUGCAGGCACAAAAGAGAAGGGAGAAUGAAGACAACCUCAGGCGCUUUCAAGAUAAAGUACGUCAGCGAGUCGCAUAUCGAGCUCACAUCGGCGAGAGACGACAGCCGCCUCGCACGCAUCUCUCGGUAACGCCUCGCAGAAGAACCCCCCAUUACCAGGUCACAACCCACCAAGUGUCCCCCAACGAGGAGAACAUCCCCUCAGGAACGGCCGCGCAGCACAGCAGCUCUCCAGAGCCGAGUGAGUCCAUGAGGCAGGUGAGACUCAGACUGGCUGCCUGUCGGCUGAUCCAGCAGGAGGAAACGGCGUCAGAUCUUCCAGGAGGCAGAUGGAACGUCUCUCCGACCAGACAUCAGAGAGCCGGUGCUCAUGUGCAGAGAACAGAGGAGGAUGUUCCUGCAGAGGUUCCUGUCUUUGGCAGUCAACACGAAUGCCCCCUUGUUCAGCAGAAGGUGGGCGGACAUGUCCAGUCAGAUCUUAACAAUUCACGCUCAGAUCACGGUUCUAAUCAGAGCCCAAGAGUCCCGAGGGUUCUCUGGCCGAUGGCCGAUCAAGAAAAUGUGAAAAAGCAGCAUCAGUGUCACUUCUUGAUGCACCGCCGUCUGGCCAUGACCGCCGAACGGGAGCAGGUGAAGGAGAACAAACAACUCAGGAAGCAUCUGAAGAGGACUGCGAGGAUCAAAGCAGAAAAAGAAAAGCUUCGUCAGGAGGAGGAGAUGAGGUUGGAGAGAGGCCGGAUGCUUGCAGAGGCCAAACGGAGACUGGAGGGGCGAGAGCUGCUGGUUCUGGAGCGACUGAAGCAGGAGGAGGAGGAGAGAGCCAUGCAGCUGCAGAGGAGGAGCAGAGGGGAGAAGGUCAAAGACCCUGCGAGGUUUGUCGAGGCUCUGAGAGCUCAGAUGAAGGAGCGCCUGUCUCAGAUGAGAGUGGAGCUCCCCCCUCUCUGCUGCUGUGCCUCGUCUUUUUGGGACUCCCACCCCGACACCUGCGCCAACAACUGCGUCUUCUACAACAACCCCAGAGCGUAUGCUAAAGCUCUGCAGUCAACACUGGUGAGUUUGGACUUACAGUAAAGGAAGCGGACUUUUCUGAUGGAGCUGCCACCUUGCGCUCUGUUCAGUCAAAUAUUGAAUUACUCUAAGUUCUCAAAGCCAGUAUUGGGUUAUUUGUUGGACAUUUCUGCGGUUGCGUCGUUAGGAGAUGCGCUUGUGCUGUUUUUCACGCUUACAUUUUCUCUUAGCGCUGAAUCUGGAUUCUUAUAUUUUAUAUUGAAAAAUUAUUAACUUUCCCAGUGAUUUUAAGCAUUGGAACCCUGAUUAGAAUAAGUAUACUCCCUUCAUUCUUGUUAAACUUUACAUUUUCUCAUUGCAGCUGUAAAACAUGAGCUUGUUGAUAUGGAAAUAUUCUAAUCCAGCAUAAACUCGACGUUUCUCAUGAUUUAAGCGGGACUUUUCUGGAACUGGACUUAAAAAUACAUUCUUUGGUUGCAUUUCCUUAACUAUUUCAUUGCUCUAUUUAUUGCAUAUUAUGAAAUGUGAAUGUGUACAUAAUUUUAGAAAGUCAGUAAAUAAUCAGGAAUUACGUGCAUGUCUAAACUUGAAUUUUACUCUCUUUUUUUUGCGGGGGGGUUAGAAGAUCUGACAUUUUUGCACUGCUGUGUUUUUUUUUUAAGGAACUAUUAAAUAAUAUGUCAUGUUUCUGUGUGCAACUGCUGAGUUUCUAUGAAUUUCAGAGUCCAUACCACUCUGAGAGACAGGAAUGUCCUGAUUUCAGUCAGUUUUUAAUGUUUUAUUUUAUGUUUUUUUUUACAGUGCCUUGCAGAUGUGUGUUUUUGCAGGGCAGUUGUCUAAUAGCUUAAUAUAAACUAACAAAUAUUCUUAAUUUGUGUGCUGUGCAACGUUCUGUAGCGCAUAUUUAAAAUAUGACCCAAUACAGACCUGAGAGCACUCCCAACUAUCACUAAACUCUUUCAUUGUGAAAUAUCUGCACAGUUUCAUUAAAAAAAAUACAUAAACAGCUACAUUGACCAUCCAA